GGAACUUGACGCAGUUCCGCUUCCAUGAGGAAGCAAAUAGUGCGUAACGUACACCGAGCUUCGUUUUUCUGUAAACCGAUGAAGUAAAUAACAGAGGGAGAGAAAAGACGGGGAGAAAGGAGAGGUUGCUGUGUCUGUUGCGGACAACAGCAGUGCAGGACUGCAAGCUGAACUUGGAGCCCGUUGAUGGAAGUGGGGAGGGCUCGAGACAUGGGUCCAGAAAGAGUGUUACCGAGUUCUGAGGAGGAUCUGGUGCAGGACCGAACCUCAGACACGGCCGUGGCAGAGGAGUGGAGCGGUGAGGAUAUGGAGGAGGAGGACGGAGGAGCCGGGGACGAUGAUGAAGACAGUGGGGGAUAUUAUUACCAACCAUUGAACCAGGAUCCAGACAGCCUGGGCAGCUCGCAAAUGGAGCAAGCUGAGGAGGGAACACAUGCAGAGCAGCUGCAGGAGGUCCAGGACAGAAUAGAGGCCAUGGGUUUGUUCCUGCCUCAGCCACCACCUCCAGACAGCGAUGAGGAGGAGGACCCUGAGGGAGCUGCUGCACGACGGAGCCAUGCAUCUAUUCCUAUGGAUCCAGACCAUGUGGAGCUUGUAAAGAGAACCAUGGAAGCGGUGAACUUGCCGUCACUGGGUAUCCCUGCCUGGGCACGGGAGAUUUCCGAUGACCAAUGGAAGGACAUGGUCCAAAAGACACUUCAGUCCCGGCAGAGCUCUGCAAGUCUCAUACUGGAACGCAAGUGAAACCAGCCAAGGCCUUCUUCAUCUCCUGCACCCUGUAACUCAUACAACUUUAAAAGAACCUGUGACAAAGCUGACUAAGAACAUACGAAAAUGUUCCUCCCUUAUUGUUGUUAGAAGAUAAAAUGUCCUACAGACCAAAUGUCAGUGUAAAUCCAGCUCUCCAUAAUCUUAACAUAAUGCUGCAUGUCACUCAAGUCUUUAAGGAUUACACAAGGUGACCAGUCAAAGGAGAUAUUAAUACAGCUUCUUGUAAGUGGAGAGUUAUUACUCAGUGUAUUUAACUUCUGUGUACUACUGCAUCUAGUCACUCAUUUCAAAAGGCUUUUUGUAUUUAAAUUAAGAUUCUCACAUUAACAAAUCACUAUUUUCAAGUUAUCAAUCUCCGUAUCACUUAGGUGACCCAUCCUGUUCAUGAUUAGUUGACCUUUUGCUGUUUUGUAUCCUGUUUGCAGUACACGUGUGUAGAAUUUUGUGCAGCAUCCCACACAUUCAGAAACACUUUUUUUUUUUUAACUUUAUUUUUGUUCUGUACAUACAUGAACAUCUGUACAAAAUAUGACUUUCAUACUAUGUAAUGCUCUACCUAAUUAAAGUACAACAUAUGUACAUAUGA